UCACCACCGCCCAGCAAGAAUGAAGAUUCUUAUAAAUAUAUAUUCUUAUAAAUAUAUUUCAGAAAUAUUUUUGUAAAGGUACAGCAUCCUAUUUGGAAUGAACUAUUUUAAGGCCUCUGCAUCAAAGUAUCCCAUUUGCUUUAUCUUAUACCAGCUCCUGUAAUUAGUUUUGAGUACCCAUAAAAAUCUUGAAAGUGAUACAAGAGUAAGUAAUAAAUAUAGAUACCAGUUUAUAGAAAACUAGUUUCUGGUUGUGUUUAUUUCAGCUUUUGAAUGUGCUCAUUCAUAGUUUUGGGGUCAUUUCCAUGUCUGACAACUCACCUUUCACAACAGAAUCUUCUUUUCAGGGAGAUGUCAUUUGCUUCUUGGAUGUAAUGCACUUUGUGUUUAUUAUUCAACAGUGAAAAUGAGUCAUACGGAGGUUAAAUUAAAAAUACCUUUUGGAAAUAAAUUACUGGAUGCCGUUUGUUUGGUACCUAACAAGAACAUAGCAUAUGGAAUAAUUCUUACACAUGGAGCAUCAGGAGAUAUGAAUCUUCCUCAUUUGAUGUCACUGGCAUCCCAUCUUGCAUCUCAUGGGUUUUUUUGCCUAAGAUUUACUUGCAAAGGCCUUAAUAUUGUACAUAGAAUUAAGGCAUAUAAAGCAGUUUUGAAUUACCUAAAGACCUCAGGGGAAUACAAACUUGCUGGUGUUUUUCUUGGAGAACUUGUUGGAAAAAGUGGCACAGAAAAUGCAAGCUCCCAGUAAAAUCCACUGGAUUGAGAAGGCAAAUCAUUCCAUGGCAGUGAAAGGACGGUCAACAAAUGAUGUUUUCAAAGAAAUAAAUACACAGAUCUUGUUUUGGAUCCAAGAAAUCACUGAAAUGGACAAGAAAUAAUUGUCAUUAAAAGCCAUGUUAUUUUGAAUAAAAGUAUGGUUAAUUUGAUAAAGAACAGUAUACCUCUCAGCAUUGUGAGAUAUAUUUCAGACUAAUGUUCUUUAAUGUUGCCCUAUUUUUGAAACAUGGUAUUGUGGAAAUGUCCUUUACAAGAUGUCUUUUGAAAGCACUGUUAUAGUUAUAUGAAGAUAAUGUACAAAUAUUGAAGGUUGUCUAUAAUUUAUUUUCAUUAGUAUAGUUAAGUUUUGAAAAAUUAAACAUUUGCAUUUUGUUAAAA